AUGGGUGUUACGAGAAUCAAAGUGUGCUUUCGGGGCAGUGAGUUGACACUCCGGGCAGCUGCGACAGUAGUCUUCCACGGCCCUCCUCAUCCCGGGCCAGUGGAACCGGGCGGCGACCUGUUCCCGGGUCUUCUCCAUUCCCAUGUGCGCCCCCAACAGGUGGGUGUGGCCCAGCUGAAGAACGGUUCCUACAUACCUUGGCCUCCAACGGGGGUCUCGACUGGCCCCUCGAAAUCGGGAAGGGGGAGGCUGGGCUACUCCUCCAGUGGUUCCCCAGGGGGUUCGGGUUCCGGCUCCCCCUCCGACUCCGACUCCGGACCCGUAGAGUCAGCUGACAAGGCAGAGAAGAGUCUUUCCACAUCAGAACAUCUCAAGAAACACCAGCGGAAACCCACGGGGAAGAAAUCUCACCACUGCUCUGACUGUGGGAAGAGUUACUCAAGCUCAGAUUCACUAAAAGUACACACGAGAAUUCACACUGGAGAGAAACCUUAUAGCUGUGAUCAAUGUGGGAAGAGUUUUACUACAUCUAGCCAGCUGACUAUACACCAGAGAACACACACAGGAGAGAAACCUUACCACUGCUCUGACUGUGGGAAGAGAUGCAUCUCUUUAGCAACCCUUAAAAUACAUCAGAGAAUCCAUACAGGAGAGAAAUCUUACCACUGCUCUGACUGUGGGAAGAGUUUUUGUUCAUCAGGACAGUUAAAAUCACACCACAUAACACACACAGGAGAGAAACCUUACAGCUGUUAUCAAUGUGGGAAGAGUUUUAGUCACUCAAGCAGCCUGAUAGUACAUCAGAGAAUCCAUACAGGAGCUAAGCCUUAUAGCUGUGAUCAAUGUGAGAAGAGUUUUAGUCACUCAAGCAGCCUGGUAGUACAUCAGAGAAUCCAUACAGGAGAGAAACCUUACAGCUGUGAUCAAUGUGAGAAGAGUUUUUUUACAACUAGCUGUCUUACUAUACACAAGAGAACACACACAGGAGAGAAACCUUACCACUGCUCUUACUGUGGAAAGAGUUUUAUUUCCUCAGGAUAUUUAAAAUCACACCAGAGAACACACACAGGAGAGAAAUCUUAUAGCUGUAACCAAUGUGGGAAUAGUUUUGUUACAUCUGGAAGCCUGAAAACACACCAGAGAACACACACAGGAGAGAAACCUUUUAGCUGUAAUCAAUGUGGGAAUAGUUUUGUUGCAUCUAGCCAGCUGACUGUACACCAGAGAACACACACAGGAGAGAAACCUUAUAGCUGUAAUCAAUGUGGGAAGCGUUUUGUUGCAGCUACCUGUUGUACUAUACACCAGAGAACACACACGGGAGAGAAACCUUACCACUGCUCUGACU